AUGGAAUUUAUUGAGCUGCUUAAAGUAAUGAAAGUGAAACUAAACCAGGAAGUCCGUAAAGUAAGUGAGAGUAUCAAGUAUAACCACCCUUUGAGAAAGUGCGUUGAUACAAUACUGAGAAAGUGCCCUACUGAGUACCAGGCAAGAAUGGGUAGGAACAUGGAUGAUUAUGAAGAUUUUGAUGAAAGACAGAACACUUACCCAAGUGAAAAAAGUUUGGUCAAACUUCACAAGCAGGUAAUCUAUUCAGUACAGAGACAUCGUCGUACACAAGUCCAGUGGCAAAUUCUUUUGGAACAAGCAUUUUACCUAGAAGAUGUAGCGAAAAAUGAAACCAGUGCAACUCGUCGGUUUGUUCAUACCUUUCAUUCCCAGGAACCAGAGAAUAAAAUCAUUCAGUAUUUCUACACACCAACUGUUGAGUGGUACUGGGAGUGUCUUCUACGGCCAUGGUUUUACAGGGUGCUUGCAGUUGUUUUGGCCACGUUCUCUGUAAUUGUUGUGUGGUCAGAGUGCACAUUUUUCAGCACAAAACCAGUUUUAUCUCUGUUUGCAGUUUUCAUACAGCUGGCAGAAAAGACAUAUAAUUACAUAUACAUAGAGAUGGCCUGUUUUCUUACCAUUUUUUUCCUAAGUAUCUGUGUUUACUCUACUGUCUUCAGGAUCCGUGUAUUUAACUAUUAUUACUUAGCUUCACAUCAUCAGACAGAUGCGUACAGUCUCCUUUUCAGUGGCAUGUUAUUUUGCCGUCUUACUCCACCAUUAUGCUUGAACUUUUUGGGCUUGACCCAUAUGGAUGCAACAAUCUCUCACAAAAACACUCAGCCAACUGCUUAUACGUCUAUCAUGGGAUCCAUGAGAGUGCUGUCCUUCAUUGCAGAUGGAUUCUAUAUAUAUUACCCAAUGCUUGUUGUUAUUCUCUGUAUUGCUACAUACUUUAG